AUGAAGAUCAAAUGCACCUACGAAGAUUGCUUCAAGCACUUCGACACCCAUCAGGCUAUGAUUCUUCACAAAGUCAAAGAUCCUGAACACUCGUACUGCAAGCUCUGUGACGUCGACUGUGCAGACGACAUGUUCCUCUUCAUCCAUCAGCUUGGCAGCCCGGCCCACAUCUGCUGCCCGAUAUGCGGAAGCGAGUUCAAGAGCCCAAUUGCCAGGGACAGCCACAUGGAUACUCACCAUCGUUACACCCAGAACAUAGAGUGUGCUGGUUGCCAACAGAAGUUCCGAUCUGCGGCGGAUCUGAUGCAACACAUCGAGAGAGAUGAGUGUCCAACCAUCAAACUCCAGGAUUUUCAGAUGCAGCGAGCCGAACGUCAGAUCCAGAAAGAUGCGUGGGAGGCAGAGACAGACCCAUUCGCCAUCAAUCCGCCCACCUGGGACCAGACGAGCGCUGCCAGCAACAAUGCCCGGCCCGAUCUCUUGGGCAUGUCGACCGAUGACUCUGGACGAUCGCUCAGCAACGCCCGCGGCGGGCCAAUCUCUACCGAAUCACACGAGCAAUUCCCGCCACUUUCACAAAAGAUGGUCAAUGCCAGUGCCGCUCCGCCGCAGUCUAGCUCUGGGCAAAAGCCGACAGGUGACCUCGACGACCUUGACCGUUCUGCGAAAGCCAUGUCGAACUUGCAAAUCUCUCAGCCGGCAUGUGGAAUGCAACAAAACACUGAUACGCGACAAGAGAAUAUCAGUGGUGGAAUGGUCAAAGGAUGGCUCAAUUCGGUCUCUGCCACCCUUGGACCACCCUCCGAUGACUCGACUGAAGUUGCCUCAAUGUACGACAGAAGGGCGUCAUCGUCUGAAACCCCUGGAACAAUCCCACCGAGUUCGCAGGCAAGUCCGAACCAGGAUGCCCCUCACAAACACAUUAUCCAGAUGCCCGCUCACUCGAUCGUGUCGACAAGUAGUCGAUUGGACCAUGAAAAGUACUGGGAUUCCAUCCGCCAAGUGUAUUCCUGUCCCACCAUCAAAUGCAAACGUCAGUUUAGAACGCUGGCUGAAUUCCAGCAACAUCUCUUGUCUUCGGCACAUAUUGGCGGUCAGGUCACUUGCCCCUCGUGUUUGAAGAGGUUUGCGACCACCGCAGCUUGGGUGGCCCAUACCGCUUCGGCCAGCAAGCGUUGCGACAUCCGCAACAGUGCCAACUUCAAUCAGGUCAUGCGAGAACUCACCGGCGGACUCCUGGGCACACAGGGGUACAAUGACAAUGGCUCGGUCAAGUUUGUGGCACCAAAGAUCGAAGAUUGGUGA